UACCUUGACAAAUUCAUCCUGUCGCAGGUACACACAAGUUAACAGGCCUCUAAUAGCACACUUUUAUGUCGGAUAUGACUGCAACUUUGUAACUACAAACGUUACUUCUACUGUCACUUUCUCGCCCCCCUCCCCAUUUCCCAUAGCAGACGACAAGCGAAGCAGUAGCAGACGUCAGACGCAACGAUGCCAGCAGCAGUCGUCAGGUUUAUGUGCCGUCAGGGAUAUUUCCUGGCACGCCAAAGGCAGAGAGGAAUAACUCAGCGAUGUGAAGUUCCCUUUAAAAGUGCAGUAUUGGCUCACCGGUAUUGCUCUUCAUCAGUCGAUAGCCUGAUCGGGAAACAAGCUUCCAGCAAGAGACAAGACGGGCAGAGGAAGAAAACACAAAUCCCAUCCAGCAGUAUCAACUUCUCUGACAUCGAUGCUCUAGAUUCAUCUCUUACACCUGAACAGUGGGGUAUGAUGAAGGCCCAGUUUAGACAUCCACAGGACUUCGAGAGGAAAGCCAUGGAACGUCUAGUCAAAAACCCCAACUUCAGAGUGGCAGAAUCUUUGAUGGCAUAUAUUGAAGAAGAAGGCCGUAAACCACGUUAUGGGGUUUUGUUUUCGUACCUGGCCAUAUGUGUUAGAUGUGAGAUGUACGAUGAGAUGUUCAAAGUGUAUGCAGAGUUGAGGAGGACGGGGAAGAUGUUGGACCCCAAUCUACUUGCCACCCUCAUCAAGGGAUUCUGUGGAACGGACAGGUGGAAGGAGAGCCUGGAGUUUCUGAAGAUAGUGAAAGUGCUAGGAAAGGCGUACAGCAGACACUACAACCAUAUCAUCAUCGCAGCUGUGGAACAUGGGGAGAAACAGUUUGGGAUGUCACUGUUUGAAGAGAUGAUGUCAGCCGGCCUGACACCUUCUGAUGAGUGCUAUGGUGCAGUGAUGAGGACACUCAGCCUUGCUGAAGAGGAGAAAAGGGUGUACAAUUUGUUUGAAGAAAUGAGAAACAAUGGGGAGCAUCCGUCUCAGACUCUGGCUUUGCACAUCAAGGAGUGGUUUGAAGGGAAGACGAGUGAGAAGUGGACAGGUACUUUUACCUCCAUACAUGCAAGUGGACACUGCAGGGCCUGUGGCACCAGGCUAGAAGGCACUAACCUUACUGAUGAAGAGUUCCAUCUCCUUCAUGACUCUGUCCUGAGGAGAGUCAUCCAUGGCAAGGAUAUCUUCCGUUCCACCACUCCAGAGGAACUAAAGAAGUUCUUGGACUUCAUCAAGGAUCGGAAUGACUAUGAUGUCAUUGUGGAUGGGUUAAAUGUGGCAUAUGCCUUUGGGUCCAAGCAGAAGAAAUAUUCCAGAACUCUGCUGAAAGUGGUUGAACACUUGGUGCAGCAGCUUGGGCUACGUGUUCUAGUCCUGGGUCGGAAACACAUGAAGGUAACAACUGCCCAUGGAGCCUGGAGACGAUCUGACAUGGACACCAUCGAAAGUCUGGCCGACCUCUUCUUAACCGAUAAUGUCUCCAAGGAUGACCCUUACCUCCUAUCUGCGACCUUGAGCUGUGGGCCCCAUGCCCGGUUUAUCAGUGGGGACUUCAUGCGUGACCACAAGGCCCUCCUGGACAACUUUGUGCAGCGGCUGUUUCUGAAGUGGCUUAGAGGGCAUCAGAUGAAACUCUUGAGUAUAUCAUAUGGUGUACCCAUCUUCUCAGAUGUCCACACGUUUGAUAUUGUGGUGCAGCGGACACAGAAUACGUGGCACUUUCCUUACGACGAUGGAGAACCCCGUCAGGGGCUGGAGGGACCAGACAAGUGGCUGUGUGUCAGGAGAGGGAACUAAUCAAACCUCCAUGUUGGAUGUCUAGUUUAGGGCACCAGUCUGGAAUAACUUUCACAGUAUGUUUUUGAAGAAUGGUGGAGGAAGUACAAUUCAAUUCAGAGCUUUGGGCUUAGAAGCUAUGGAAUGAAUAUGGUUC